AUGCGGUCUUGCUUCUCUAUCGACGGCUGUCCCGCCGACAAGGAGUCCAUUUACCGGAGCAAGUCGAUCGAUGUGCAAAUCAAACAGGACGCCAAAGCCAAGGCCAACGCAAUCAAGCUCCUGCUUCUUGGAUCGGGCGAAUCGGGCAAGUCGACCAUUCUGAAGCAGUUCAGACUCGUGUACGGAGAGGGGUUUACGGCCGACGAGCUCAAGUUCUACAAGAUAGCGGUGGUGAAGAAUGUCGUCACUUGCGUCACUACCCUGUGGACACAAGCCCAGGCCCGUAACAUUCACGUUACGGACUCGACGCAGGAAUGGGCCAGCAUCAUCAAUGAUCUCCCAACGACCCUCGGACUCACAUCGGUAUCGAACGGCGAGAUCCCGCGGCGGCAGAUCCCGGCCAACAUCAUCCAGUUUCUUGUUGGCUUCUGGAAGAAUCCCGGGAUACAGGCCUGCUUUGGCCAGUCGACAGAGUUCUACCUGCCGGACUGCUGCGAACACUUCCUGAAGAACAUAGCCAGCAUAUGCCACAUCGACUACAAUCCGUCGGAGCAAGACGUCCUGCAGGCCCGCAUCAUGACCACCACCAUCACCCAGCAUACCUUCAUGAUCAACAAAGUGCCAUACCAGAUCAUCGACGUCGGCGGACAGCGGAGCGAGCGGCGCAAAUGGUUCCACUACUUUGACGACGUCCGAGCGAUCCUCUUCGUGGCUGCUGUGGGAUCGUACGAUCAGAACAUCAUCGAAGAUGGGCAGACAAAUCGAAUGGUCGAGGCUCUGACGGUCUUUGAGCAAGUGGCCAACCACCCGUCGCUCGAGAGCACAGCCAUACUACUCUUUAUGAACAAGAUCGACCUGUUCAACGCCAAGCUCGCCGACCCAAACAAGUCGUUCAAGAAGUACUUUCCUGAUUACACAGGACCAAACCGACCCAAGCCUAUUGGACAGUACUUUACCGAGCGAUUCAAGAACGCCAGCAAGAACCCGGAACGAAAGCUCUACUUUUACUUUACCCAGGCGACGGACACGCACCAGAUCCGAACGAUCCUGAAGUUGGUCGGCAGCAUUACGAUGGAGCUGAAUCUCCAAUACGGUGGACUGGUUCUGUAGCCAGGAGCCUGCUUGUUCUGUCGGCCAACGGCCGUGUGCUCUGGACACUUGGGUGCCUCUGGUGAUGGCGGAACUGCUCAAGAUACUUGGCGAGCCUGGGUCUGCGUAGGCCCUAUGGGUGUUCAGGUUUCGGUGGACUGUUCGACUCGCAUCAUUUUCUCAUCCGCCAUCGAUCACGGUCACU